AUGAACUGGCUUCCUCGCUUUGCAUUUCCAGGUCGCGGCUCCCGGGAGGCAGGUUCCAACACCGGUCGCGGGCGGCUAUUCGUGUAUUUGGCUUUGACGGCGAUCGCAUUGCUACUUUCCUAUCAGCUAGUUCUGAGUCGCGAGUCGUUGAGUUCUGUGUCGAGAUGGGCUGUGGGUAAAGGCUUGACACUUGCCGUCAACCAUGCAGAGUCCAAUGGAAAUCAGACGUCGGAGGGGAAGCCCGAAGCGCAUCUAGUGUCGCAGAAGCCUCGCGAAAAAGAGCUUGUGCUUGCUGCUAUGAGUUACAGUAACAUGUCUUGGGUGCAGGAGAAUGUGCCAAAUUGGUAUACUAAUAUCUAUCGCGCUGAUGUGCCUCCUGGUGAGGCUGCUUUGACUGUGCCGAUGAAUAAAGGCAACGAGGCAAUGGUUUUCUUGACUUAUAUCAUCGAUCGCUACGACAGCCUCCCCGAUGUAUCAGUUUUCAUGCAUGGAGGUCGAUACCAGUGGCACAACGACAACCCACUAUACGACUCAGUCAUCUCAAUUAACGACCUCCAACUCGAUUACGUCCGUGAAACUGGCUUCGUCAACCUCCGCUGCUCCUGGGUCGUCGGUUGCCCCGUCGAACUCGAACCAGCCCGCUAUUUCCGUGAAAAGCUCGAAGACAAUGGUCAUCCCACCGCCGUCGAAUACCCACAUCGUUUCAUGGAAUUAUUCCCCGGCGAGGAACUACCCGAACUCGUGGGCACGGCUUGCUGUAGCCAAUUUGCGAUAUCGCGGGAGAAAAUCCAUGAGCGGGGCAUUGAGGAUUAUCAGAGGGCUCGUCAGUUCUUGAUUGAGACGCGUUUGGCGUCGGAGAUUAGUGGGCGGGUCUUUGAAUAUGUUUGGCACAUUAUGUUUGGCAAACCAGCGCUAAAUUGCCCGGAUGUUCGAGAGUGUUACUGCCGAACGUAUGGAUAUUGUAAUAUGACCGACGACGACCUGCAGAGACAGUGGGUGUGGCGUGGCUUGGUUCUGCCUGAAGGCUGGCCCAAUGUCGACCCGAACGCAGGAUUGCAAAAAAGAGACGAGAUACCCUCGGUGGAAUACUGGAGGAAAUAA